UUCAUUUUUUUGAGACAAGUGUGUUACGUAAUAUCAGAAAAAUAUUUUCUUCUUAUUAAAUAGACCGGAACCCAAUUGCUGAUUUACGUUAUUGCCAUCUACAGUUAGGUGAAAUGGCGGAUGCAACAAUCAUUCAACUCAUUUCUCCCACCACUUGUCAGAAUCGUAAUCGAGGGAUGAGUUUUUCACCUUAUCAGUAUUUCUAUUCCAAUCGUUACAUUUUUUACAGAAAAUAUACUUGCAAUGUCGAAUGAAAUACGGACAGCGUGGAGAAAAGUUUAUAAUAUUUCUGACAAGGUCGAAUUCAUCGUUUUAAGGCACAAUGACAAAAGAAAAUAAUUGUUUUGUUAAUUUUUCCGUUAAUAUUAUGACAAAUCGAUCGAGGUUUUUUUAAUUAUAAAAUUUACGUUCGGUAUUUUAUGAAAUAGUGAUAAAACCAGUCAAUUUUGAGUUGAUGAAUUUGUCUGUCUGUUUUAUUUCAUCAUUUCAUGUUGUAUUAUAAUGGAAAUAAUUCAAAAAAGUGUAAAAAAUAUACUCAAAAUAUUAUACAUAAUGAUUAUAAGUGAUAAAAAACGGGAUAUUGAUAGGUUAAUGUAUUUUUUGAAGUAAUAAGAUGAAGUUUUUUUAUAUUUGUUGGAUUUUUGUGUUAAUUUCAUCAGCAUUAAGUGGCGUUAUAUUUCUGAUUGCUGCUUGUGAAAAAAUACCUGGGCCUAUACCAAAUCGCAUAAAACCAGAGGUCAUAGACAAUCGUACUUUGAAUUAUGUUGAUGAAAACGAAGAAGAUCUUUUCAUAACAUUAAGCACUUUAACUCCAAAAAUUCAAUUACGUCUUCAUGAUAAGACUGAACAAAAACAAUAUUUUGAUAAACAAAAUAGUUUAGAAGAAAAAGAAAAUGUUAUAAAAGAAGACGAGAAAGAAGAAAAACAUGGAACAAAAACUCUUAAUACACUUACUGAAAAUUUUACUCAACAACCUAACCUUUCUCAAGGCAUAUCGGAAACUGGUCAAGCAGUAAUAUUAACAUUAAUCGACACACCAUCUGUAGAGCUACAUAGUUUAGCUGAACCUCAUUUCUCUGUCGAUGAUUCCACGCAAAUUUCACCGAGUAAUAUCUCUCAAGCGACAAUAAUCUCGAAUUUCAACAGCGGUAUCUUUACUGAUACGUCCUCAUUACCAUUAUUUAAAUCGCAAUCUAUGACUGUAGUUCAUUUAGGAACUAUUGAUCCCAACGAAACAAGAUCGCAAAAUAUUCAAGAAUCUUUAGAAAAUUCAGCAUCACUUCAAGAUGAUAAAGUUGUGGUGGUUAGAGCUGAACAAAAAACAAUUGAUAGUUUUGCAAACCAACCAGAAAGUUCUAGAGAUUCCGAAACGAGUGAAAAAACGACUAAAAGCAAUGAGGAAGCAAUUAAAUCCGCAGAUCAAGUAUUUUCAACCUCUGGAGAAUUGGGCCAAGGAACGGUCCGAGCUAAACUUGUCUCAGGAAGUUCCGACCCAGCAGCCACGGUCGUUUUGGAUGGUUUUGUAGGUUCUGGUAGUUCCGAAAACCAUGAAGAUAUCCCUUCCUUCAGUGAAUGGGCUCAAAAAAGAUUGGAAGAAGCUGAAAAGGAAAAAUCACAUCCCAAUGCUUCACUACAAAAUUCUGGUACACAAGGUAGAAAUCUUAAUGGGAUGAAAAUUAGAUCAAAAAAUUAUGCAUCAUUUGAAUGUGGUGCUAAAAUAGUUUCUGCUAAUCCUGAAGCUGAAAAUAUACGUAAUGUUUUAGUAACUACGCGUGAUGAAUACAUGCUUAAUACUUGCACAGCAAAAAUUUGGUUCGUUGUUCAACUUUGUGAAGCUAUUCAAGCAAAAAAAAUUGAAAUAGCUAAUUUUGAAUUAUUUAGUUCAGGACCAAAAGAUUUUUCAGUAUUUAUAAGUGAUAGAUUUCCUACACGAGAAUGGAGUCUUGUUGGAAAAUUCACUGCUAAAGAUGAAAGGAAUAUUCAGUCAUUUACACUUCAUCCUUUUCUUUUUGGUAAAUUUAUUAAAAUAGAACUUCAUUCUCAUUAUAACAAAGAACAUUUUUGUCCUAUUUCACUAUUUCGCGCUUACGGUACUAAUGAAUUUGAAGUACUCGAAACGGAAACUGAUAUACAAGAGCCAGUAGAAAACGACUUUUAUGAUGGUGAUGACGAAAUAUUAGAUGAUGAUUACGAAGGUGGAAGUGCAUCAAAAAAUCUAUUUGGAAGUGCUAGAAAUGCAGUAAUCAGCAUCGUCAGAAAAGCAGCUGACAUCUUAGUAAAAAGGCGUGAUUCAAGUGUCAUUAAUAAGACAGAAGUUGAAAUAAAUAAUAGUAAUGAUGAUGAUGCUAAUAAUAAUAAUAAUAAUAAUAAUAAUAAUAAUAAUAAUAAUAAUAAUAAUGAAAAUCAUAACAAUAAUGAUGAUGAUGUUAAUAAUAAUGACGUUAAUGAUGAUAAUAACAAUGAAACGAAACAUUUAUCUGACAAUUGUAUGUCAUUAAAAUAUAACGUUUUGUGCAAUAAUUGUACUAAUGAUGAGUUUGCUAAAGUUUUUCAACUUUUAAGUUGUAGAGCAUCUUAUCUUGAUUCGCUUUUAAAAAUAUCAUUUUUCAGUCAAACUCUUUAUCAAGGUGAAUUAUGUGAAGUACAUGGAAUUAAUUUAACGUCGUCAAUUACUAAAAACACCUUGCCAGUUGAUCGAAAAAAAAUAAAUAAAAAAGUUUCAUCUGUCAAUAAUUUAUCUAAAUCAUUCAUAACUUCAAUUUUCACAAAAGAAUAUAUAAUAGCUCUCUGUAAUGUAAUUGUUGCGAAAGAGAAUCAACUUAGUGUGAAUUUUAUUUUGAAUGGAAAUACAACUCAAUUCACUGUCGCACCAAAUGCCAUAACAUCAGAAAGUGAAGUAUGUGCAUCUGAUUCAACAAACUGUGAAGCUGUCGAAUUUGCAUCUGCUUCUUUUUCGUCUUCGUUCCUUCCAUCGUUUUCUUCAAAAAUUAUAUCAUCUUUUUAUGAUACGUCUAUUAACAGUGAUCCUAAAAUUUCCAGUUCAGUAAACAACAUUAAAAUUAGUGAAACUAUUGAUUCACAAAUAAAACCUACAAAGAUAUUGAAUCGAGAAAAUAUUAAACGACAAUCUUCAGUGCCAGUUUUAGAGCCAAGUAAAGAUUCAUCAAGAGAAAUUGGUCAAGCUGAUGUUGUCACUACACCAUUACCAUUAGUUAAUUCUGCUAGUCCAACUUUGAAAAUGCCAGAUGAACCUUCAUUAUCUGCAACAAUUAUGGCAUCAACUAUUGCAAUGUCAACGUCAGAAAUAUCGCCUGUUAAAUGUGAAGUAAAUAGUAAUAUGGAAUCACUAUUAGUGAAAAAUGUUGGUGAAAGUAAGAAACCUGAGAAAAGUAUGGAAGUUGAAAUAAGAAAAGAUAAAUUAAAAGUAAAUGAUAAAGAUGAUAUAAAAUUAAAUCAUCAAGAUCAGGUAAAUAUUGAUUCAAUUAUAUCUGAUUUAAAAGAUUUAGAAAAUGAUGCAUCAACACAAGGAUCUGGCUCUUCAGGAUCAAUGCAUUCAACUGUUACUUCUACACCGCAACAAAAAGAAUCGGUAUUUUUGAGACUUACAAAUAGAAUUAAAACUUUAGAACGAAAUAUGUCAUUGAGUAGUCAAUAUUUAGAAGAAUUGAGUCGUCGGUAUAAAAAACAAGUUGAAGAAUUACAACGUGCACUUGAACGUACAACUAUUGCUCUACAUGAAGAAGUUAAGAAAGGUGAAGAGAAAGAUUUAAAACAUAGUGAAGAAAUUUCCGUACUCCAAGAACAAAUGUUCAGUUUAAGUCAAACUCUUGAUCAACUUCUGUAUGAUAGAAAUAGUUGGAAAGGUAAAUUAUCAAAUCUUAGUCAGCAAAUUUUAAUGGUUUUGAUUGAGAUUGGUGUUUUGGUAAUAAUCGUUGUAGUCGGUAAAAACUUUAUUUAUCCGACUCUAAAAUUGAAUUAUCAAACUAUGGUUCAUAAAAAAAUUUCAAGACGAAAGAGUGCAGAGUCAGCUACAGUUAAUGUUGCUAAGAAAAAAAGACGUCGACCUAGUGAAAUAGCGUCUCGGGUCAAGGCAACUUAUAGAGACUUAAUGAUUGAUGAAAAAUUAGAAGCCAAAAAGGAAAAAAGAAGUAAAAAGAAGAAAAAUUUUUUAUUAUCAAAUUCAAAAAAAGAUUUAUCCAAACUAGUAUCUUUAGAAAAAUUUUCUUCUACAGAUCAUAUUGAAGAUAUAACUUCAUCACAUUCAAAUGUAUCAAGUACGAAAUCUGAUAGUUGCAGUACUUGGUUAAACCAAUUUUCAACGGAACAUGAUAAUGAUGAUAAUAUUAGUAAUUUGACAAAUAAUCAAGUUACUAUUGAAGAAAUUCAAUCAAUUAAUUCACCAGAAUCACAGAUAGACGAAUUAUUAAAAAAUGAACGCCGAUUAUCUCUAGAUAAUGUAACUAAACAUACUGAUAAUUUUAAAAAUAAUUCUCCAAGAGGCAUAAAAAUUUUAAAAAAUGCUAAACUUCAUUCAUCUUCAUUUAUGAAGACUGCUUUAUGUACACGAAGUAAAAGAGAAAAAUUAAAAAAUAAUGAAUCACAAAGUGCUCAUCAAAUACUUGAUAAUUGGGAAUGGAAUUCUCGAACUUCAGAUAGUUCUAGGUCUGAACAAGAUAGUCCAUUAAAUUUUAAUGUCCUCAUAGAUAGUAUGGAUAUUAAUAAUCAGAAUGGUGAUAUUACUAAUUUUAAUGAACAUAGUAAAAAUAGUGAAAAUGUGACAAGUGAACAUUCUAUUCUAAUACCUGUUAAAAAGGUGAAAAAAGAAGGAAGUAUCAAAAAAAUGGUAAAAAAACUUUUCUGAUGCAGUGUGAGAUUUUGAUUGUAGAUUAAGAACUACUGACAAUUUUUUAAAUAUGAAUGCCAAUGAUAAAAAUAUAUCAGUUUUUUGGUAAUUUUAUAUAGAAAACCAUUUUAAACAAAAUAUGUAUAGGAACGUAUUUAAAGAGUAAAAGAGUGGUGAAAAAUAGGUAGAUUAGGGAAAAAAUUAUAUAAUUAGAUAGGAAUAAAUUUAUUUUAUAAAAGAAUCAAUUACCAAAGUUAGAAAUAAUAUGAGAAUCAUUUGUGCAAAAUAAAUAAAAUGUAACGAAGCAACUUUGAAAUCAAGAAGUAUGAUUAAAAUAAUUGGAGACGAGGAUAGUUUAAAAAUAACUUCCAAUUUUUUUUUUUCACUGUUUUAUAUGUUGUUGUAAAAUUAUAUUUAUUGAAUUUAAAGUUUGAUUUGUAUUAAAUAUGUUUUUAAUAAUACAUAGUUAUGAAUGAAAUUUUCAUAACUUUCAAAGUUUUAUAAGCUAUUUUUCUAUAAAUAAUUGUUACGAUUAAUAAUUAUGUCGUAAAACCUCAAUCCAAUAUAAACCUGUAUUGCUUGUACGAUGCAUUAAAUGAUUUAUUAAUAUUAAUAAUAAUAAUAAUAAUGGAGAAAAAAACAAAACUGAAUUCAUAGUUGUGAAUGAAGAAUUAAUAUAAAUAAAUGAAAUCGUAUGUUAUUGGGUUUUUGUUUAACUUAAAACAUUCUAUGAGUUGAAUUGCAUUUACAUUAAUCUAUGUUAAACAAAUCCUAUGGAAAAUAAUGAAUUAAAUAAUGAGAAACUAUGAAUAAGGAAUUAUAAAAUUGAAGUGUGAAUAAGAAGUAAAAAAAAGUUAUUUAUCAAGUUGCCAGAAAUUGUAAAUAUAAUUGUUAAUAAUUUUAAGUUUGUUUGAAUAUAAUAUUAUUAUAAUAUUUUAUACUUAGGAAUGAAAAAACGAAGCAGUUUUCAGAAACUUAAUUAUCCUAGUCGAUUGUAUUUAUGUAGAUAGAAAUCACAAUUAUUUUAUUUGGUUUUUUUAUAAAUAAAAUAAAUUUGUGAAUAUCCACAACUGGUUCGGAGUCAAUUAUUAAUUUUAAUUGAGUCUUCGAAUAUUUCAAAAAAUCAUUACGUAAUAAUAUUGCACAUUUCUAAAGCUACUGUAAUUAAAAAAUAAGAAUUUGAUGUACUUGCACUGAAGAAUAUUCGUAUGUAAAUAAUUUGUUAUCUAAUUUCUGAUAAUAUUGUUAUUUACUUAAUUGAACUGCUUUGAACUGAGUAGAAAUUUUAGAAAUAAUAGUGGCAACUUGUACAAUAAUGUUUAAAACAAUUUGUUAUAUUACCUACUUAUUGCGUUAUACAAUAGAUGAAAAAUUUUAAUAAAUUAUUUCUGUAAUUAAGAAAAUUAUAAUGAAAUGAUGAUGAAUGAAAUAUUAUUAUUUAAU